AUGUAGCUUCUUUAUAAUUAGAUAUAAAAAAAAUUCAUUUUUACUUCUUCAAUUUUUUUGUAAUUUAAGUUUGAUUUAAGAGUAAGAUAAAUAAAAAUGAAAAGAAAUAAAACUACUAAAAAAUAAAUCAAAUAUGAUUUAUUGAAAACUUGCAAGCAUGAAGUUGAUGUCUUCAAACAAAUAAUCAUGAAAUUUUAGCAAUCAAUGCUGCAGAUUAAAUUUAUCAAAUUUAGAUUUAAAAUGAUGAAUUAAUAACGACGAAACCAAGAUAUUUUCAUAAGGAAACUAUAAAUUAAGGAGAAUAAAGCUUAAUGA